UUGAAAGUGACAAGAGUGUACACUUACUUGCCUUUAAUUUAAAUCGCGUUGCAAUCAAAACGAAAAUUUAUACGAGUAAAUUAACUUGAAGAGGAGUGUUGGCCAAUAUGAUGAGCAUAAUGAAAAUAACGUUUUUGCAAUUGUUGUUGGUAUCGUUGUGUGUUAUGCAUGCAACAAGUUUGCCGAAGGCAUCGCUGACAGUGCCACAAGCGGUGGAGUUGCCAAGCCAACAGGCGGCAGUUGCAGUGCCAGCUGAGUCGGGCGUGAACGAAGUCUACAAGGACGAAACAAGUGCCGUGGUGACAGGCGAUAAAGUUGCGGUUGCUGCGGCGCAGUUGAUGUCAGUGGAUGAGCCGCCCUCGCGCAACAAAGAAUGUGGCAAAGUUGGUGAUUUUUGCAAUUUGGCGGACGAUUGUUGUACGAAACGCUGCCUCAGUUAUGCUAAAAGAUGUGUGACCUAAAAAGAAGAACAGUGCCGAAUUUCAUUAAUUUAAUCAACGAUUUAUCUAUGUACUUCAAACACUUUUACUUUAUGAAAUAAAUAUGUAUUAUGACAAAAAAAUGUA